AUGUAUAAUAUUGGCAUUUCUGAUAUCAAUUAUGUUGAAAAUGUGAGCGAUAAAUUGAAAAAGAUUUUGAAUGAGAAUGAAGUGAUAUUUUCAAAAGAGUUAGGAAAAUUUAAUGGUGGUGAAGCUUCCAUAGCUUUGAAUGAUGAUAAUGUCGAACCAAAAUUUUUUAAAGCAAGACCCAUUCCAUUCGCUAUAAAACAAAAGGUAGAAGAUGAAAUUGAUAGAUUGGUUUCUUUAGGUAUUGUGACUCACACGAACUAUAGUAGAUGGGCAACACCAGUAGUGCCAGUUUUGAAGAAGGAUGGUUCAAUAAGGCUCUGUGGAGAUUACAAAGUCACGGUUAAUCCCCACAUAAGAAUUGAUCAGUACCCUAUCCCUCGCAUUGAAGAAUUGUUUUGCAAGCUACAGGGAGGUGUUCAUUUCUCGAAACUAGAUUUGUCUCAAGCAUAUCAACAAAUUUGCAUAGAUGAACCAUCUCAAGAGCUUCUUACAAUAUCAACUCACAAAGGAUUAUUCAAGUAUAGCCGAUUAAACUACGGAGUAGCAUCAGCGCCAGCAAAAUUCCAGAAAAUCAUGGACUCUGUGCUGGGUGGUAUGGAAGGUGUAGUUGUUUUCCUAGAUGACAUACUAAUAACGGUUCUGGAUGCUUACACGAGAUGGCCAGAGGUAUUCAUUACAGCAAGCACAUCUUCACAAAUAUCUAUAAAAGCACUCAGAAAUUUGUUUUCGAGAUUUGGGUUACCUAAUACAGUUGUAUCUGAUAAUGCAACAUAUUUUGCCUCUGAUGAAUUUAAAACUUUCUUGUCUAAAAAUGGAGUUAAUCAUAUAACUAGCCCUCCAUACAACCCAAGUUCGAAUGGGGCCGCUGAAAACACGGUUAAAACUGUAAAGAAUGCUCUUAAGAAGGUUCUUUUCGAAAACUCUGCUGCGGAAUGCGACAUGAUACUUGAACGUUUCUUAUUUGACUAUAGAAAUACUCCACACUACACUACUGGUGUUACACCAGCCAACUUAAUGUUUGGUAGAAAGCUUAAAAAUAGGUUUGAUCUUCUAUUGCCUGAAGCAAAAGAUUCUGCAACACCCGAGCUCGACUUGUCAGAUCACGAAAGUGAAGAUGAUGAUAUGGAUUCAGAUGAAGAUUUUGUUUGA